AUGUCUCGAAAUAUCGCGCCAGCCCAGGUGAUCUCUUCCGAAGAUCUGAUUGAGUAUAAUAUUGAAGACGCAGAGCCCUUGGAUCCGAAUUGUGCCCAAGGCUUUGCAGAAAGGCGGAUUCACUCGGAGAUCUACAAGCGACGUCCCGACAUAAACGCCGUGAUACACAGCCAUUCUGAAGCUGUGGUCCCCUACACCAUCUCGGGUGUUCCCCUCAAAGCCGUCAGCCACAUGUGCGGGUUCCUCGGUCCCGACGGCCUCCCAAUUUUCGACGCUGCCGACCACAUGGAGGAAGGCGACGUCCCAGAUCUGUUAGUGCGCACGAAGAACAUGGGCGCCGCGCUAGCAAAGCAUUUUGACGGCGGCAACAACGUGACGUUGAUGCGCGGGCAUGGGUUCACAGUCGUGGCAGACAGCAUUGAGCUGGCUGUGAUGCGGGCGGUCUAUACACAGAAGAAUGCCAGUAUCCAGACGACAGCUUUGAUGCUCCAAGGGGCGACAGGGACUACAGGUGGUAUAAAGAGUUUAAGCAAAGAAGAGUGCGGUGGAUCUGAUCGUACUACGAGAUGGUCAAUGUUGCGACCUUGGAACUUGUGGGUAAAAGAGGUUGAAGAUAGCUCACUGUACAUCAACACCGCAUAA